AUGCCAACUUGGUCAGGCAUUGUCCAAAUACCGGGGGUGAUGGGUGGAACAAUGACCCACGCAAUCACCUUCACCGUUCAACAAGAGACCGAGAAACCGCUUGCUUCAUUCCGCCUGCUUAUAGGCUUGUCAAUCCUGACAUGCAAUAGGACCAUGAGGACCAUGAUUACAAGUAUGGGGAGGUGCAACGCGCAUACUAUUGCCUAUAUGGUCAUGCUUAUGCCAUUGAAACAAUGUCUCACAAGAGACGUACAUCAAGACUCCUCCUCUAGCGAGAAAAUCCUCCAGCCCACUGCCAUUGACAUUGCACUGAAAUUGGUCAGGGGGGCUCGCCAGCUCCGUGAUAGCAUGUUGCCCCUACAUGCCAAUCUUUAUUCUGCCCCGUCCACCAUAUUUAAUACAGCCGUCAGCCCAUGUUCAGCCAUCAUCCGCGACCAGGGACGAUGCCUCAUGCAGCGAGACGAGGCUAUUGAAGCAAUCAGCGCGACGCUGGGCACACUGGAACAGAUCAGCCACAGCACGAAAACUGCCGCAACAUGCUACUUAGUGCUCUCAAAACUUGUGAACAAGCUUUCUUUAGCAUCAGAGGAGGAAUUGAUCCUUCGCUCCGAGUCAUCUGACAGCCCACUUAGAGGUAGAGGGGUCAAGGCUCCCUGUGAUUCUCAGUUAACUCUGGAUGCGCAUCUGCAGCUCGUAGAUGGACACAGUUCUGAGAUGUAUAUUUCCACAAUGCCAGGCUGUCCCUCCCUGGAACCGCUGACACCUCCGUCCUCCGACCCUCAGGAGCUUUUCAACGUGGAUCUUGGAGAAUUAGGCCAGAUCUGGGAUUUGAAGAACCUCGGUCUUGAUUUUCCGCAGGCCUUAACUGCUUAG